GUCUGACGGCCAGUCUAAGACGAGCCGUUCCUGCCGUUCUCCCCAUCAUGGCCACCAGGUUACCUCCCGCUGCGAUAGCGGCCUCAAGCGCGUCUGAACAGCAGUCAAGGAGAAAGAAGAAGGUCCCGAAACCACCCUCCGACUUGCCCGUAUACUCCUGGCGUACCGUCUCGCCGGCGCAGAGACUGUUCUAUAUCCGUGACCACAUCACAGCAGAUGAUGUGCUCUCGGGUAUACAGGCAGACGAGCCUGUUGGCUUUGACCUCGAAUGGAAGCCGGUCUUCGUAAAGGAUGCGCCACAAAACCCUGUGGCACUUGUGCAAAUUGCCAGCAGCACCCUUACGCUGCUACUCCAGGUUUCGGCCAUGCAACGAUUCCCCCAACGUUUGAAGACUUUGCUCGAGAAUCCCGCUCAACGGAAGGUUGGAGUCGCUAUUUUAGAUGAUUGCAAAAAGCUUUUCAGAGACUACCAUAUCAACGUUCGCAGCUGCGUAGAGCUGGCGCUCCUUGCGCGCUCCGUGGACAACGCGAACUGGAAGGGCAAAUAUAGCCACCCGCUAGGCUUGGCUAGGCUACUCGAGACAUACAAAGGAUUCACCCUGGAAGGCAAGGGGAAGAUACAGAGGAGCAAUUGGGAGGCGUUACUCAGCGACAAGCAGCAGGAAUACGCUGCGAACGAUGCUCACGCAGGUCUGGCCAUUUACAACCACCUCCUUGAACUCCUCGCGGCGAUGGAGAAUCCGACACCCGCACAAUACUACUCAUUCGACUGCCUAGAUGGAGCUGCUGUAUAUUCCAGCACAUUUACGCUUCCCAGCGCGGUACCGUGGCAAGCUCAAAAUCCCAACUAUGAUCCUGGCCCCAUGCCAGAUCCUAAGGAGAAAGAGGAGAAACUCAAGGCCAAGCAAGAAAAGCGAAGGCUACGUCUAGAGGCCCGCGCAAAGGAACAGGCUGGUGGUAGCGGGACUAUACCAUCAGGAUCGGGCCACCUGCCGUUGGAGGGUGUCCCCAUCGCGGUCGCUGUCCUAGACCAGCCUAUCAUCAGUUCACAUAUCAUUACUCCCGUUGGAGGGACGUAUGCAGCGCAGAGUCGCAUCGAUGGCCCCGUCAACACCUUCCCUUCUGUGAACAGUCGUGCACAAGGUGAAGCCCCAACCAGGGGCUAUGUCCGAGGACGAGGUUGGCGAGGAGGUGGCUACUGGCGUGGUCAGGGCUCAGACAACGGUACGGAUGGAGGGCGGGGAAGAGGUAGGGGCAGGGGACGAGGCGGGUUUAGAGGCGGAAGUCAUGGUGGUGAGGGCAGCGGUGGCAGAGGCCAGGGUCAUGGUAGGGGUAGGGGCAGAGGCAGGAGUGAUGGAGGCCAGCCUCAGUUUUGGUGAUCGAUCGCUCACUCUAGCUGUCGUUCUGAUGUCUGCUCGCAUUCACAUCUAGGUCGAUGUUGUACUAGUACAUAUUGUAGUGUGCACGGGCCGG